CACUGAUGAUCAGUGUGCCCUGAUGAUCUGUGCAGCCCCAGCAGCGCCACCUGUCAGUGUCCAUCAGUGCCAGCUCUGUGCUCAUCCAUGCCACCUGCCAGUGCCCAUCAGUGCCACAUCAGUGCCACAUAUCAUUGCCCAUCUGAGCUGCCUUUCAGUGUCACCCAUCAGUGCCAUGCCAGUCAGUGCCACCUAUCAGUGCCGCCUAUCAGUGCCAUAUAUAAGUGCUGCCUUUCAGUGCCCAUCAGUGAUGCCUGUCAAUGCCCAACAGUGCCACCUACCAGUGCCUCCUCAUCAGUGCAGCCUAUCAGUGCCCACCACUGAGGGCCUGAGGCAACCGCUCCCACCCCCUCUCCUGCCUGGUGAGUGC